AUGGAUCUCUCAACCAUGCCACCUGCUACUAUAGCCCUAGCAGCAGGGCUUUUGCUGCUGUCCUACUUGGUGGCUGCGCGGGUGCGGGACUUUUCACGUCUGCGACACGUACACGGCCCGUUCUUGGCGGGCUGGACAGAUCUGUGGCUGAUCCGCAACCAACUGAGCGGGCGGCUAAACUUUGUGCUGCAAGAUGCCAAUAAAAAAUACGGGCCCGUUGCUAGGAUCGCACCCAACUGGGUCGUGUGUGGCGAUGGCGCCGAGCUUCGACGCCUGUGGGGAGUGCGCUCUGGCUGGCAGCGAGGGCACUGGUAUCGCGGGCUUCGCAUCGACCCAUACAAGGACAACACGUUCUCGACCACAGACGACAAGGUGCACGAGGCCUUGCGCUCCAGGCUCUCAGCCGGCUACGCGGGGAAAGAUGUGGACGGUUUGCAUGAGCUGAUUGACGAACAGGUCGCAGGACUUGUCCAUCUCCUCGAGUCCAAGUAUCUUGCAACCGAACAAGACUUUAAAAUUGUCGACCUGGCACGCAAGGUGCAGUUCUUUACUCUGGACGUCAUCUCAAGCCUCGCGUUUGGCAAGUCAUUCGACUACCUCAAGGCCGAUGGCGAUAAAUUUCGGUACAUUGAGACAACAGAGAGCACAGUUCCAGUGCUUCUGGCGACGGCCCUCAUACCAUGGUUCCUCAACAUUUUGCAGUCACCCAGGUUAAAGUGGAUCAUUCCCAGCGCAAGAGAAAUGGUCGGCAUCGGCACGGUUAUGGGCCUUGCCCAGGAAGCAGUGGAUGAGCGUUACGGCGACAACCCAAUUGUCAAACGUGACAUGUUGGGCUCCUUUGUGGCCCACGGGCUGAGCAAGCAGGACGCCGAGGGCGAGACAGUCGUCCAAAUCAUCGCAGGCUCUGACACUUCGGCAACGGCAAUUCGGUCGACAUUGCUCUUCCUCAUGACGAACCCUCCCGUUUACGCACGCUUUCAGUCCGAGAUUGACCGAGCCAUUGAGGAGGGGCGGAUCUCUUCGCCUAUUACCGAUGACGAAGCCAAGAAUUUCGAGUACCUGCAGGCUGUCAUCCGCGAGGGGCUGCGGCUGUGGCCACCCGCCACGGGCCUGCUUCCAAAGAUCUCGCAAAAGGAUGAAGUUGUCUGCGGCGUGCACAUCCCUGCUGGCACCAAUGUUGCCUGGGCACCAUGGACCGUUAUGCGCGACCAAAAUAUAUUUGGACCAGACGCAGACCUCUUCCGGCCCGAACGAUGGAUAGGUAUUCCGGACGCUAAGUGGCGUGCGAUGGACCAGCAGGUCAUGAUGGACUUUGCAUCGGGAAGCCGAUGGGAGUGUCUUGGAAAGAACAUUGCCAUGAUCGAACUGAACAAGGUCUACGUUGAACUCCUCCGUCGAUUCGACUUUGUCCUCAUUGACCCGACAAACCCAUGGAAGUCAUUCAACGCCGCAUUCUUCAUACAGAGCGACCUUAACGUCAAAGUUUCGAGACGGCCUGGGUUGCGAGGUGAAGCCCGGCACUAG